GGAUAAUGAUUUGAAAGUCAUUGAAUGUAACGUCAGAGUAUCUAGAUCUUUUCCAUUUGUAUCAAAAAUUCUCGACCAUGAUUUUGUUGCUAUGGCCACAAAAAUAAUACUGGGCAUACCUGUAGAACCAGUAAAUGUAAUGACUGGUUGUGGCAAAGUAGGGGUUAAAGUUCCCCAGUUUUCCUUCUCGAGAUUAGCAGGCGCUGAUGUAACACUAGGCGUGGAAAUGGCAUCAACAGGAGAAGUGGCAUGUUUCGGAGAAAACCGUUACGAAGCUUACUUAAAAUCAUUGAUGAUCACUGGUUUUAGAAUUCCCAAAAAGCAAUUUUACUGUCUGUGGGCACGUUUGAGCAUAAAAUGGAAUUACUACCGAGUGUCCAAGUACUUUAAAGAAUGGGAUAUAAACUGUAUGCAAGUAUGGGCACCGGUGAUUUUUACACCGAACAUGGUAUUGAGGUUGAAAGUGUACAGUGGACUUUUGAUCAUAUCGGUGACGUAGACUAUGCUAGAGCAGACGGAGAACUGAUGCAUCUAGCUGAUUUCAUGGCUCGUCGUCAACUGGAUCUGGUUAUCAAUUUGCCUAUGCGUGGAGGGGCAUGGCGUAUGUCUUCAUUCAGUAUCCAUGGUUAUCGCACCCGGCGUUUUGCCGUUGAUUAUGCUGUGCCUCUAGUAACUGAUGUAAAGUGCGCAAAGCUCCUAGUGCAGGCAAUGGCGCAAUGUGGAGGUGCUCCACCAAUGCGGCGGAGACCCGCUGCCAGCCCGGCAGACUCACCGGACUGGUCAUAGCGACGGCUAAGGGUGUCUCGGCCGCAGCGGGGGGAAUGAGACACAACGACGGACGGUUGAUAUUCCCAGUAUACGUAAUAGAAAAAGUUGAAAAAGAACAAAGUCAAAUAAAUACGGUGUUAGAGAUAUGUGGUGAAAUAAAUCGUUUAAGUGAUAUUGAGAUUGAGCCUGAAAAUCCAAGAAAAUUAAAUGUUCAUUUUAACGAUGUCAAUGGCAGAAACAUUACACUACCAUUACUCUUAGUGCAGGCAAUGGCGCAAUGUGGAGGUGCUCCACCAAUGAAAACACACACUGACUGUAUGACAUCUAGAAACGUAAUAAAACUUCCUCGUUUUAUUGAUGUCCACGUUCAUGCUCGCGAACCCGGCGCUACCUACAAUGAAGAUUUUAACUCCUUCACUGCAGCUGCUCUUGCUGGUGGCAUCACAAUAAUAUGUGCAAUGCCGAACACGAACCCACCUGUGAUUGACCGGGCUGCUUACAAAUACGCCUCAACACUCGCCAGAGUUAGUGCUCGAUGUGAUUAUGCUCUGUUUGUUGGAGCAUCAUCUACAAUCUGUGAUACAGCUGCAGAAAUUGCACCACAAGCAGCAGCAUUAAAAUGUAUUUGAACGAAGCAUUGUCACUACUUUAAAAUUAGAUGACUCGAUGACUGUUUGGCA